GAUAGUAGUAAUUGUUCCAGAACUAUGGACCCUGAAACUCUAAAUUGGUUGAUGAUAAUUUUAAAAUUACAAUCCUGUUGCCAAUGCUCAUUAGAUUGAUUGUCGCUGGUGGGUGCUCUCCUUUAAAGUCGUGCGCUGCCAAAUUCUUAAUUUGGCUACCAAAAGAGACAGAUCAAUGAAAAAGUAUAUCAUAGUUUAUAUACGUGUUGUGAUUGUUCAAAGGUAUUGAUCAUACAACCAUCAUAACGAUGUCUGAUAUAUUGUUGGAGACAUUAAAGCAAGGGUUGGAUCCAGAAUUGGUCAAAUUCCUUGAGUCUGAUCCUCAAUUGAGACUAGGUUCAGAGUUAUACUUACAAGAACUUCUUAUAAAUGAUGAUUUAUUAUCAACAGAAGUAUUCACUACUACCAGUACUAAUACUGCCAUGACUCCUUCGAUAUCAACUUUAUCAGCUGAAUCGAAUGGUGGCAAUAAGAAGAAAAUCACUUUAACCGAAGAAAUCGCAGAAUUGGAUCGUCAACAACGAGAAAUUAAUGUCAAAUUAGCAUCCAUUACCAAUGAAAAUAGAGAAUUGAUUAUUGAUAUAAGUAAUGAUUUACAUAAUAUAAAUGAUAAGAUUGAUAGUGAUUAUAAUAAGGAAAUCGAUGCUAUGUUGAAAGUACUUGAUAUUCAAACCAGUAAUACUAAUGUCAAUAAAUUUCAAAUCAAUAUUAAUGAAAAAUUAACUAAUGCUAUAAAGAUUAAUAAUUCAAUCUUAUCUAAUAUCGACUCUGUAUUGGACUUAUUGGAAUUACCUACUUUAUGUAAGUUAUGUAUUCUUCAAGGAAAUUAUCAAGAAUCACUUGAAAUAUCAAUGUUGACUCAAGCUUUAAUCAUUAGAUUUCCAAAAUUAGUCAUAUUUCAAAAAAUUCAAAAUCAAGUUGAACAAGAAUUAAGAAUGAUGGUUAAAGGGUUGAUCAAGUUAUUAAAUACAAACUUAAAACAGAAUAAUAUCUUGAAGAUAUUUCAAAUUUUAAAUAAGUUGGAUAUCAUAAAUUCAACUCAAUCAACAUCUUCAUCUUCAUCUAUAUCACUGUCAAAUUUAACAUUUUCCACAAAAUCAAAUAAUUCAAUCAAUAAACAACAGCAGAAGGAUAAAUUAUUAAAAAUCAUCUUUCUAAAUGCAAGAUAUAAAUUUAUAACUGAUGAAAUAUCAAAUUUAAAACCAUUAAUAAAGUUUAAUAAACUCACUUAUUUAAAGAGAUUUAUUGAAGUUUAUCGUGAAUUUAUAUUUAAUUCGUUGUCAAUGUACUACGCCAUAUUCAACUCAUCAUCUUCCUCCUCAUCCUCAUCCCAUACUGCCACAUCAUUAUCACCUAGUGUAUCCCAAUCAUCCAUAACCGGAACGUCCUCUUCCUCCACGCAUUCAAACACCAACUCUGAAGAAGAUAAUUUACUCAUAAAUCAAUUCAUAAGAAGUUUGGCAAAUCAAUUAUCCCAAAGUUUAAUCACUUACCUCCCAGAUAUACUCCAUUCUCAUUCUGAAAAUGAAUAUGAUACAGAAAUAGAUGCUCAAGGUCAAAAAGAUGGAUUAAUCUUACAAAUCAUAUAUCUUUGUAAAUCAUUAUCCAAAUUUAAUGCUGAUUUUGAAUCAAUCAUACGAUGGGAUUUAUGUUAUGUUGAUGAUCCAUUGAUUACUGAAAAUGAUUGGGUUCGAAAUUUAGCUAAAGUUAAACAAUUUAGAUACUAAAAAAAGAUUAAUAAAUGGUUUAUAAAAUUACAUAUAUAUAGACUCGUACAUA